AUGCCAUCGCUGGCCACCAUCGCGUCCAACGCUGCCCUACCGGCGCCCACGUCUACACCCAGUAAAAAUCAGACCAUUAUAUCGAAUCGAUUCCCACGACAGGAGCACCCGCUCGGAAAGGUGAAAGUAGUGCUGCAGAUAAGCCACCCCCAACCGGCACCGACACCUUAUCUCAAAGUGGACUCAUCGCGGAAGCACUUAACUCUUUACGACCCGACCCUCCUAUCAUCCUAUGAGCAAAACCAGAGACCGACGGCCCCUAAGAUGUUCGCCUUCGAUGCCAUUGUCAACAAUAAUAGCGCCGGCAGUUCAGGCAAUUGUAACAGCAAUUCACUGGAGUUAUCGAAGGCAUGCCUACCGGAGCUGAUCGACGCGGUCAUGAAUGGCAAUGACUCGGUGCUUUUCGCCCUGGGCAAAACAGGGACCCAGGAGACCAUGUUGGCCACCGAUGGCUUAAUGGUGUACGCGAUUAAUUGGUUGUUCGCGGCACUCAAGGCCUCGAAACGCCGGUUCGCCAUCAAGUGCAGCGCCGCCCACAUUAGCCACACCGGUAUCCGCGACGCGCUGGCACACCAUCACUCAUCAUCAUCAACAUCCUCGUCCCCAUCGACAUCAUUGCCGCCAAUUUGUACCAAAAUAAGCAGCAAAUUAUUGAAAACAAAUACUAUUCUCUCGCAAUUGCGCGAAAUGUCGUGCAUUAGCCCUAAGAGAGCCGCGCAUUGUCUCGAUAUUAGCGCUAAUUAUAAUCAAACACAACACCCGCCACACAAUCAUACCGCAGCCGCUGAUACAUCCAGUUCCUCAUCCACAUCACUGUUAUACACAUUACAUGUCUAUCAGUAUCAGAUCAUCUCCAACACCAACGGCAAGAACACCGUGGUGGGCGGGCGGUCCAGGCUUCACAUGUUUGACUUAUCGCCAGCCGUGAAAAACCUGACAAACGUAUUGCUGGCUAUUUUCAACGGACAGAAGCACAUCCCUAACAAGUAA